GGAGAGUAGCUUGAUGCAGCUCGAAUAAAACCGCUGCGUGUCCAUUGAAAGCAGGGCAUUCCCGAACCGAGCUGCAGGUACUACGUACAGAAACACGUCCAUUCAACUGGUACCAUGAUCAUCGAAGUGGAAUCUUUGGAGGAAUUCAAGUCCAUCCUGGCGAAAGCUGGAGACAAGCUGGUGGUGGUGGACUUCUCGGCCACAUGGUGCGGCCCCUGUAAACAGAUCGGCCCGAUAUUUGAGCAACAUUCAGGACUGCCUGAAAACAAGAAUGUGAUUUUCCUGAAGGUCGACGUGGACGAGGCUGACGACGUCAGUGGACACUGCAAGAUAAGUUGCAUGCCCACAUUCCAGUUUUACAAGAAUGGAGAAAAGGUGUUCGAGUUCUCUGGCGCUAACGUUGCGACACUGGUGGAAAAACUGGAAGUUUUUAGAACAUAAGAAACCACAGUAGCCACUGUUGCCCUUUGUACAUGCUAUACUAAGAAAUCCCAUUUUCACCUUACGUACAGUAGCCAUCAGGUCUUCUAUUCCUCAGCGGCAGUAACGGUCCCGUCAGUUCACUGUGUGUGUCGACUGUCUUAACAGCUGCAAUUUGAUUAAACUGGACGACUUUAUGGCAAAUUAUGUUUUAUACGAGAAACUGACUUUGCUCCUGGCUAAUUCCUGAACUUUCUUUGUUAUAUUAUGUGUCCAACAUUGUGGAUUUAAUAAAUGAAGAUGAGAUACA